AUGGAUCUUCUAUCUGUUUUACCUGGCUUUUCAACGAAUGGUUUCGUCCACAUCAUUCCGCCUCUUGAGCGGCGCAAAGUCACCACUGUCGAUCUCAUCACUCUCGACCCUCUCGAGAUCGCAAAACGCGCGCGCGUGCCCCCCGCAGACGUCCGACGCCUCGCCAAUUGUAUAGUCGAGGCAUUGCAUGCAGACAUUGGGUUCGAACGACCCAAGGCGAAUGCAGAAGAUUCCAAUGAAGCACCUAGCUCUACCAUCGGCCCUGAUGCCGCCCUCAGUCUCGGGUCUGCAACGAAGCGCGCGCCUCUACAAUGGAACACCAUCAGCACUCUUGACCCCGCAAUAGACGCCUUGCUGGGAGGCGGGAUACCAACGGGGUAUGUGACUGAGGUGACGGGCGAGAGUGGAAGCGGCAAGACUCAAUUCCUCUUGAGUCUCUGCCUGGCCGUCCAGCUACCGAAACCCCAAGGACUACAGCGUCGCGCAAUAUACAUAUCGACAGAGCACCCCUUGUCAACGCCACGGCUCUCCCAGCUUCUGGAGUCACACCCUGUUCUGUCAAGCCUUUCUCAAGACCAAGCACCAUCACUGGAAGCUAUCCUCUCCAUCAAUGCUAUGGAUCUGGAAACGCAAGAUCACAUCUUAAACUUCCAGCUUCCAGUCGCCAUUGAACGCUACGAUAUAGGCCUGGUUAUCAUCGAUUCGAUUACCUCAAACUAUCGCGCUGAACACUCCAACCACAUGACAUCCCUCGCCAAGCGAGCCCGUCAACUCACCAAAACAGGCCGUCUUUUGCGCAACCUUGCCAUGAAAGAAAAUAUCGCAAUCGUGGUAGCAAACCAGGUAUCCGACCGCUUUGAGCCUACAGGCGGUGUAUCAAUACCACGGCCACCGUUUCCGUCUAGACUGAGUCAAACGGCAGGCCAUGGAAGCGGCGCUGUUUCUCCAUAUCCGAUGUCUCGAACUGAGCAAAUAGCUGCUGGGAAUCGCCCGCCAGGUUCCUCCGCCCCACGAUCCUCCCAGGCUAUUUCAUCGUCGCCAUAUCAUGCGCCAAAUGAUAAAAACUUCGACGGCUCGUACUUAAUCCCGGGUCCAACGCGCAGUCCCUUUUUAAAGCUGGCCUACCAAGAAAGGUUCUUUAACGGCUGGGGUGAUGGUCCAAAUCCAGAGAGCGGGUCUCUGAAAAAUCCGGCCCUGGGAUUCGUCUGGUCAACAAAACUAGCAUGUCGAAUUGCACUGAAAAAGGAGGUAUCCCAUUUAGCGAAUGCGCCUGCAGAUUGGGGCUAUCCGCCCUCUCAAAUAAGUGCAGAUAUCAAUCGGGACGCAGACUCGAUAGCUAUGCCUGCACCUCCUCCCAAGAACGCCGUUCUUGGAUCACAGAGUCAGUCGCUUGUUUCUAGUCCUGAAUCUGUAACACGGCGGGUCAUGAAGCUUGUGUACUGUGCGUGGACAGGAGGCUUGAAAAGCGCAUCGAAGAAGACUCAACCUUCAAGCAGAAGGACUGACGAGGUUGAGUUUGAGAUUUGGAAAGGCGGCUUGCGGAGUACGAGUUCCGCUGAAUGA